UCCCACAUGGACGCGACAUACCUCCUCUUCACCAGCCGCGGUGCGAGCUGUGGCUGACGUGAAUACCCGCAUACGGAGCGCAGAGUGCGGGCGGUGGAGCGCCGUGAUCUCGGUUCUGGGUCCUGGGUUCUGGGUUCUGGGUUCUGGUUCGCCUCCAUGUAGCCUAUCCUCCGGUCCCCCUGCCUGACGCAGAGGACAACGCUGGAUUUGGGUCUGUCCUUCACCACACGCACGGGAGCCGUCUCCAUCCUGGCUGCUCUCAUACAUGGAACUAGAGACUAUUUGGGAAUACGGUGCCAUGUGACGGACGCGGCUUCCUUUACGCCGUAAAAGUCGCCGGGCUGCUCCGUGUGUUGCGGCGCUGUCGAUCGCGGACGACGGACUAAAAAGACGCGGCUCGUGUGAAAAUGGAAGUUUGGCUCAUUGGCUCGGUCCACUGAGGCUGCCGGUGACGGUUUGGUGAUUGGUGCAGGGGGGGGGGGGACUGCCACUGCGUCGCCAGGUCUGAGAGGCUCCGAGUCUCCGGUCGUUGAAACCGGACCUGCUCAUCAACACAACCAGGUUUGUGUUGGCGUCACCGGGAGCUUCCACGUUCGUUCCUGCUCGAGGAGUGACCGCAUUCAGCCCCUGGUUCGGCUCGAACGCGUCGGCGUUUGGAUGCGGCUCGCUCUCUCUGCGGCUCCGCUCGUCGCGGAGGGGAUUUCAUGUUGAGGGGGAUUUCAACAGGGCUCCGGUCCGUGAUUAUCUGGGAACCUCCGGUCGUCACCCACCUACAAGCCGCACAGCCUAACGCACAGAGGGGCGCAUCGAGGAAUAGACCGGGAGGAAUUUCCCCACAGAUGGACUGAAAAGACGCGUCGCUCCCCGGGAAUCUAACUCCGCGCACUCUCACGCGGCGGCUCGCGAUUUUCUGUGGCGCGCGGGGAGGAAAUAUCCGCGAACACCAUGAAAGUUCUCUCGGCGACGCUGCUCUUCGCCGUUUUGUGGGGACAGCAGUGGAGGUCCGCGCUCUCGGAUUCGAUCAUCCACAUCGGCGCCAUCUUUGACGAGUCGGCGCGGAAGGACGAUGAGGUGUUCCGUCUCGCUGUGGCAGAUCUCAACCUGAACAAUGAGAUCCUGGAGACGGAGAAGAUCACCAUCUCUGUGGAGUUCGUCGAUGGGAAUAAUCCUUUCCAGGCUGUGCAAGAAGCCUGUGAGCUGAUGAACCGCGGCAUCCUGGCUCUGGUCAGUUCGAUUGGCUGCAUGUCAGCGGGCAGCCUUCAGACCCUGGCCGACGCCAUGCACAUCCCCCACCUCUUCAUCCAGCGCUCCCCGGCGGGAACACCCCGGUCCGCCUGUCCGCCCACCAGCCGCGUCGCCGGGACAGACGACUACACCCUGAUGGUCCGCCCACCUGUCUAUCUCAAUGAGGUCAUCAUGCAAGUGGUGUCUGAGUACAGCUGGCAGAAGUUCAUCCUCUUCUAUGACUCCGACUUCGAUAUACGAGGCAUCGAAGACUUCCUGGACCGGACCUCUCAGCAGGGCAUGGACGUGUCUCUGCAGAAGGUGGAGUCCAACAUCAACAUGAUGAUCACGAGCAUGUUUAGGACGAUGCGUGUGGAGGAGCUGCACCGCUACCGGGACACGCUGCGCCGGGCCGUGCUCUUCAUGAGCCCGGCGACCGCCAAGGCCUUCAUCACCGAGGUGGUGGAGACCAACCUGGUGGCCUUUGAUUGUCACUGGAUCCUCAUUAAUGAGGAGAUCUCGGACUACGACUUGCAGGACUUGGUUAUGAAGUCAAUUGGCCGCCUGACAUUGGUGCGCCAGACGUUCCCCAUGCCCCAGAACACGACUCAGCGCUGUGUCAAACACAACCACCGUAUUAACACUUCCCUGUGCGACCCGAAAAACCCCAAGGCUCAGCAGUUGGAGAUCACCAACCGCUACAUCUACGACACCGUGCUGCUGCUGGCCAACACCUUCCACAGGAAGCUGGAGGACAGGAAGUGGCACAGCAUGGCCAGUCUGAGCUGCAUCAGGAAGAACUCCAAGCCGUGGCAGGGAGGCAAGAGCAUGCUGGAUACCGUCAAGAAGUUUGGAGUAAGUGGCCUCACCAGUUUCCUGGAGUUCACCGACAACGGCACUAAUCCCAACAUCUUCUUCGAAAUCCUGGGAACAAAUUACGGAGAAGACCGGGGACGAGGAGUCAGCAGGCUGGCCACGUGGGACCCGCUCCACGGCUUGAACGGCACGCUGACAGACAGGAAGUUGGAAAAUAACAUGAGAGGAGUGGUGCUGCGGGUUGUGACGGUUCUGGAGGAGCCUUUUGUGAUGGUGUCAGAGAAUGUUUUGGGGAAACCGAAGAAGUACCAGGGUUUCUCCAUCGACGUCCUGGAGGCUUUGUCCAACUACCUGGGCUUCAAAUACGAGAUCUACAUCGCUCCAGACCACAAGUAUGGAAGCUUGCAGCCUGAUGGUCAGUGGAACGGACUAAUGGGCGAGCUGGUCUUCAAGCGUGCUGACGUGGGGCUCUCCGCUCUGACCAUCACGCCCGAGCGAGAGAGCGUCGUGGACUUCACUACGCGCUACAUGGAUUACUCGGUGGGGGUGCUGCUGCGCAAGGCUGAGCGCACCGUGGACAUGUUCGCCUGCCUGGCGCCCUUCGACCUGUCGCUGUGGGCCUGCAUCGCCGGCACUGUGCUCCUGGUCGGCAUCCUCGUGUACCUGCUCAACUGGCUCAACCCACCGCGGCUGCCGAUGGGGUCCGUGUCCUCGACCACGCUCUACAACUCCAUGUGGUUUGUGUAUGGAUCCUUUGUGCAACAAGGUGGGGAGGUGCCGUACACCACUCUAGCCACGCGGAUGAUGAUGGGCGUGUGGUGGAUGUUUGCUCUGAUCGUCAUCUCCUCGUACACGGCCAAUCUCGCCGCCUUUCUCACCAUCACACGGAUAGAAAACUCCAUACAGUCUCUCCAGGACUUAUCCAAACAGACGGAGUUGCCUUAUGGGACGGUGUUGGACUCCGCUGUCUAUGACCAGGUGCGCUCCAAGGCCAUGAACCCGUUCGAGAGGGAUCCCAUGUACUCCCAGAUGUGGCGGAUGAUUAAUCGCACCGGAGGGGCCGAUAAUAACGUCGAGGAGUCGAAAGAGGGAAUUCGCAAGGUGAAGUACGGCCGCUUCGGCUUCGUGUGGGACGCGGCGGUGCUGGAGUACGUCGCCAAUAACGACGAGGACUGCUCCUUCUACACCGUGAGCAACAGCGCGCCCGACCGCGGCUACGGCAUCGCCAUGCAGCACGGCAGCCCCUACCGGGACAUCUUCUCCCAGAGAAUCUUGGAGCUGCAGCAGAACGGUGACAUGGACAUACUGAAGCUCAAGUGGUGGCCCAGGGACAGCCCCUGUGACCUCUACAGCUCAGUCCAGACGCGACAGCACGGCAACGCCCUGGACAUUCACAGCUUUGCCGGUGUCUUCUGCGUCCUGGCAGCCGGCGUGGUGCUCUCCUGCCUCAUCGCCAUGGUGGAGAGCUGGUGGUCAAGGAGGAAGGGAUCCAGGGUCCCCUCCAAGGAGGACGAUAAGGAGAUCGACUUGGAGCACCUACACCGCAGGGUUAACAGCUUGUGCACCGAGGAUGAAAGCCCCCACAAGCAGUUCUCCACCUCUUCCGUCGAUCUAACACCCCUUGACAUGGAUGCUUUGCCUGCUGCGCGCCAGGCGCUCGAGCAGAUCAGUGAUUUCCGCAACACCCACAUCACCACCACCACCUUCAUCCCCGAGCAGAUCCAGACCCUCAGCCGCAGCCUCUCCGCCAAAGCCGCCGCUGGGUUUUCCACUGGUUUCGGUAGCAGCGGCGGGGGCGGCCUUCAGGACCACCGGACUGUUGGUGUGGGUCCUUUCCGGCAGAGGGCCCCCAAUGGAGGCUUCUUCCGCAGCCCCAUUAAAACAAUGUCUUCUAUCCCCUAUCAGCCUACAGGUCCUGGACCCAACUUUGGAUAUGGCAAUGAUCCAGACAGGGGCACCUCUAUUUGAGGGGCUUCUACAGAUAUGUUGGUUCAGGAGAAAGAAGAGGGGGAGGAGGAGGAGGAGUAGCAGGAGGAAGAGACGAAGUAGUCAGAAGAUAUACAAGCUAAAAAGUCAGAUGAUAGAGAUCUGUGUACAUAGGAACCUUCCGUUUUUAGUUUCUGCUUGGGUGUUUCCAGGGGUGUCCAUUUUGUAUGUGGAGAGGACGAAUGAGGUGGAGGUCUGUUGGGGUGUUCCUGAAGCUCCCGCAACCCGUGGCAGUGAGGCGCAAGAGAGGAAGCGGGCCGUGGGGGGAGGGGCUUGACUCUUUGCUUUCGUUGUUGUCGUUCUUGUGAUUGUUGGGGUGAUUUUUUGGGGGAUAUGUGUGAAACUGGAUCUUUUUUUAUUGUUCCUGUUUUAUGACAUGAGGACUGUCUCAUGCAGUGGAGAUCUGUUGAAAUGGCCUGAACCCUCCCUCUGGGGGUUUGCUCAGUGUUUCUCCAGCCACAGGUUAUACAGUAUGUCUAUAUUCUUGUGAGCUCCAAGGCUGCCAUUGGUUGAUGACUGGCGGUGUCUUUAGCCAUCGAACAAUUCCAAGGGGCUUUACCUAAUAAGCAAUUAUAGGGCAGGUAUUUUUGGGAGGCAUAUCCAAUAUAGUGUUGUCCGUAGUCCUGGGAAUGCACUCAGCAGUCCUUCGUUUGGAAAAGGCCCAAUCUCAGUGAUUAUUGGAAGAAUCCACUUCUCCGGUGUUACUCCGUCUUUUUACUUUGUGGGAAUCCAUGCUCAGUCUCUCUUCUCUGGGGUUGUUUCACCAAUACUGGGGGUUCGAAGUGCUGUUCAUCCCCGUGAUGGUGUCCACACGGUGGCCUGGCUAGACCUAAGACUUCACAGCUGAACACACGCCGACGCCUUCACGGUGCAUCUGUCUGAAAAUGCCGAGACAGUGCGACGCAGCAGAAUCACCGGUUUGGUGCAUCGAUCUUAAACUAUUUCUGCCAUUUUGUUGCAUCAGCCUGAAACUGUUCUGAAACCAUUCUGAUGCACAUUAAAGACUCAAUCCCACUGCACUGUACCAGUGCCCACAGACCUGUAAGUGAUUGUAUGUAGACCUGACCAUUUCUUUGCUCACCUGUACUGUGCUACCUGCUUUGAAGUCAAGGUGAGGUUCUCUAAUCAGACUCUCAGAAGGAUAGUAAACGUGACGACACAAAAAAUAUGAAAAGAACCAUAAAAGACACGAGAGACUUCAAAAAGCUUCUGCUUAUUAUAUGUCUUUUAUUGAAUUUUGUUUCUGAAAAAACAUAGAUUUUAAUGCGUGGAAUGUGUUUUGGUCAGGAAGUACAAAAAAUGACUUUAUUCUGAGCUGUCUUCUUGUUUUUAUUUCUCUAUCUCUCAGCAAAAUUUGAAAAACUGCUAAAUGAGUGCUGUAGUCUCUGGUUUGCAUCAUUGAAUCAUCCAAACUUUUGUUUUUUGUUGUGUUUUUUUAAGGGCUGCCAUGGCCCAGGUGUCUGAAUGAUAAAAGCUCGCUCUGUAAGGCCGUGUGGUGUUCGAGUUCACGGAUCACGCGAUGGUAUAGAGUUGAUUCUGUAAUGAGGAGAAGCCAUUGGAACAGCAUCUUCAAUACAGACCUUAUGUCUACUAGUUAGAUGCAUCCUCCCAAUGUCCAGGCAAAUCCCCAAAAAUCUAAAUGUACUGGGAGCAUUUAACAACACCAAAUCAUGGGAAUGUCAAGAGAUGGAGCCCGGUGGCUGUCCUGUGUGGGAGGAGUCCAAAACCUUCUUCUAUUUCAUAUCUGUAAUGUUAAGGGUACUGUUUAUAUACCUUGUUUUUUAAAAGUGCCAAUUAAAAUAAAAUGAGACCAUUAAGGUGCAUUUUGGGGAGGGGCAACAGUACGCAAAUAGGAUUACUAUUGUGGAUUGGGGGGCUGGGUGGUAAAAUGGAACCAAACCUUUUUCACUAACACUGUAUUAAUAAUUGAUAAUGUUAGCUGUUUAGAACAAGUUUUCAGUUUGUUAUCUUUAAGAACUAAAACCGCAUAAUGUUGUGCGUAGAGAAUCCAGCCACAGUGUUUUGAAGCAAGCAUUCUUAGGCAUUCUUUUCUUAUAUUAGGCUACAGUAUGGCUAUUGAAUGACAAAUAGGACUCAGACGUUUAAAAGUUUUAUUUAGUAUAAAUGACAGAGGCAUUAUGAAAAUGUAUAUUUUACAUGUUGAUGCUAUUUUUGUUUAACAAAAAGAAAAGAGUAUAUCAUGAUGAGCUUUAGUGUUGAGUUCUGCAGUCACCUUGCUGCAUUUGGUUUCCUGAUGUCCUGCCCAUGGUCAACACAAACACACACAUAAACUCGCUUUUCUCAUGUCACCCUGAGUUCAUUCUAUUAUUUGCUGGCUAAAUAACAAAAAGUGGCAAGUUGAUUAAAAAGAAAGCAUGCACAAACUUGCUCUUGCGCUAUCUGUUAACAUUUUAAUUUCAUACAUAGAACUACAGGAUUUACUUGAUAAUUUUCAAAAGUUUAUGAUGUACAGUAUUUAAUAUAGGCCUAUUUUGUUGUAUGUGUUGCAUAUUAUUCAAAAACUGAACAAACCGGGGCCUCUGUUACAAGUGGCAAAGCUUUCUGUGUAUAAUUUGUCUAAUAAACAGGUUUUCUACAGUG